AUGCCAAAAAAUCCGGUUCGUCGUUCAGAACAUAUUGGGACGUUUAGUAAUUCAUUAUUGUCUGACGUGACAAAUCUUCACGGUUACAUAGCUGAAGCACAUAAUGUUGUAACACCCGAUGGAUACACGUUAACUCUUCAUAGAAUACCAGGACGAGUGGAGACGAAAAGACGAAAUAAAAAUAGAACAAUAAUUCUACAUCAUGGACUCUUGGGUAGCUCUGUGGAUUGGAUUUUACUGGGCCCCAACCAUUCGCUUGCUUAUUUGUUGAACGAUGCUGGUUAUGAUGUAUGGUUAGCUAAUGCUAGAGGAAACAAAUAUUCAAAAACUCAUGUUACUAAAAGUGUAUACUCAUCGGAAUAUUGGGAUUUUUCUUGGCAUGAAAUUGGAUUAUAUGAUUUAUCAUCUAUAAUAGAUUACGUGAAAGAAAACACAUUGGUAAAAUCUCAAAUAUAUUUUGUAGCUCAUUCAAUGGGUGCUGCUGCUUUAACAGUUCUUCUAUCGACAUCGCCCCAGUAUAAUACUAUUCUAAAUUUAGUAAUAUUACUGGCACCACUUGUAUUUAUGCAACAAGCUAAAGGCCCCUUUCGCAUAAUAUCGGAACUACAAAGUUUGGACUAUAAUGCAACAUUGAAGAUUUUAGGUGAAAAUCAAUUUAUCCCAUCAGAAAAAUUCAUAAAAGCUUUAACGAGGAAAUUUUGCAAAGGUGAUAUAAAAUUGUGUGAGAACCCUUUACUUCUACUAUCAGACGGUGGUAAGGUGAUAUCCGACAGUACACGUAUGAAAAAUAUUUUAGCACAUGUGCCAGCUGGAGGUUCUACUAAAACAAUAAUGCAUUUUGGUCAGUUGAUAAGCAGUGGUAGAUUUGAAAUGUUUGAUGGUGGCUCGACAAUGAAUAUAAAAAAAUACGGAAUUGCGUCUCCACCGAAAUAUCACUUAAGAGAAAUUAAAUUACCAGUCGCACUUUUCAGUUCACACGAUGACUGGUUAUCUACGGUACCUGACAUUAUUAAGUUUUUGUCUUACAUUCCAAACCCUGUCGUCCAUCACAUAGUGCAAAAGACGUCUAAAGAAUUCAGUCACUUCGAUUUUGUAUGGGGCGAAGAAGCACCUGAAUUGGUUUAUAAACACAUUUUUGAUAUCUUGAAGCAAUAUUAA